AUGAAGGCCCAACGUACACACCGACGAAAACUGCGCUUCACCUCAACAAAAGACACUGUCCCUGUGGUGACUGUCAUGGUGGAGCAAGCUUCAAAGCGUCCAGUCAAGCGGCGGAAGCGCCGGCAGCGCUCACGUCGCGUUAGUCCAACGCCAGCCUUCGGAAGUUCCAGUCGGUCCGCAAACAGCCUCCCAGAACCGACAUGGUGUAAUAUCCAAGAACGAUUCAUUGCAGCUAAAAGUCUUGGAGAAAUAACGCGCAUCAUGCUGCAGUUCUUUAAAUUGUACGAAGAUCUGCAGGGCUCUGCGUCGGACCCAGCAGUUUUUCCAAUUUUCAUUCCAUCCAGUGAAAUUUACAAGAUGAAGGUGCCAAGAAAGAGACGGAUUUAUGACGUGUUACACGUGUUAGAAGGUAUUGGAGUGAUCAAGCGCGUGCGCUGCGGCGAGACACGAAGGACUAAGGGCGGAUACUUUCUUUACUUUGGGAAGGCUGCGGUGGUGCAACGUCUGGCAGAGAUAAAGAACGUUUCAGCUCAAGCAAGGGUAAAGUUUCGACAGUCGCACUGUCAGAAGAUGACCAGCAUGGUAGAAGAAGACAGCACUAUCGUGACAAUUUUUGAGAAGCAGGCGGCAGCUGAAAAAUGGCCCUGCUUGGUAACCACAACAGUCUGCUUUCUGGGCUUGCUGUUCCAACAAGAUGGUCUAAUUGGAGUGACAUUGCCUGCUGUUAGCAGCCGUCUCAUCGAAGCUAAGAAGUUUAUUGGUGCGUUGGAAUCGUCACCGUGGAUCGAGACUCCAUACAGUGACGUGCACCGCCGCGUGUACGAUGUGAUGUCCGUUUUGGUGAGCUGUAACAUGAUAGGUACGGCACCUGGGUCAUCUUGCGAUCAAACGGAUAAAUGCUUUCCACGUAAGUAUGCUCGAUUCAAUUACAACAUCUUUACGGAUCCAAGCGUAUUGUUUGCCGCCCAAGACCCUAGGUCGCAGUCGGCUCGUGAAUCGACGGUUGACGCAACGGAAACUAACUUGCGUGAUAUUAGGAGCCCAUUACCAAGAGCUUUGAAGAACCGUUUGAUUUCUCCACCACUGGCAUACUGGCAAAAUGUGCAUGCUGGUACGGCGUUGAUUAUCUCACCUAUAUUUUCAUCAGCAGUUGUUCAGAUAUCUGAUGCAAGCAGCAGUGAGGCGGAAAAUUGGGAAGCAUUUUGCUACGAUGAAAAUAUGGGAAUAGCUAUGCAAGGAAGCCCAGCUACGUACGUGCAACCGGAACACGCAACGGAAUGCAGACCGGAAUAUAAACCAGCCCUCCGUGUGCAAGACUUGUUUUCUCCUCUCGGUAAGGAGCUGACAGAGAAGAACGACUGGUAUGAUGAACCACUGAAGCAGCUUGGACUCUACGAUGCCGAGCAAAUCAGUUGGAACGCGAGUAAGAAAAACGAAGAUUCCUAUUGUGAAAGCUGGGGAUCGCAUUAUGCAGUUGAUAUUGAGCCUUAUGCACCCGUCGAAGCACCGGGACAGCAAUUUCAGAUUGACAGAGUAGAAGUGAGCGCGGGGAUCGCUCAACCGAGUGCUUUCGGUGCCCAUGAGCAUGGCAUUAAUCUCAUAGAUCGACUUGAGGGACGCAUCGCAAAAUUUGAUGCGCGAGUUGGCGUGGGAAUGCAAGGAGAGGGACUAGCUGCAUCCGACGGAUCUGGAUACCCGUGUAGCGACGACGACCUUAAGCGCGGCAGCAAAUGGCAUUUAACCCUAGAGUUCAACCUACGGCGCAAGGAAAUAUGCAGUCUGGGUCGCACUUCUACCCUCCAUGACUUUGAGGUCAGGAUGCCGAUCGUCAAGGAUAUGAAGCUGCCUAUUGAGCGCUUUAUUGGAAAGUAUGAGCACAGGGGAUUCGAGGCCGGGUUCAAAGACUGGCUAAUUGAAGCUUUUGGACGAGCUUGGCGCGGCUCAACGACUCAGCGGAGGUGA